AUGUCGAAAUUAUCUCAAAUAAGCCGUAUUAGAUUCGUUUUCGAUGAACAACUGCUUGAAACCAUAAUAAACGCGCUUGUUUUCAGUAAACUAUAUUACUGUUCAUCAGUAUGGUCAUCAGCCUCAGUCUGUGAUAUUCGUAAAUUGCAUUACGUUCAAAACUUAGCCGCGCGAAAUAGAUCUGCAACGUAAAGAAGUAUGACUAUAUCUCUCCUGUAUUAAGAAACUUACGUUGGCUCCCUGUAAAAACACAACUGUAUCGCCGAGAUGCUGCUUUUACAUUUAAAUGCAUGACGGGUCAAGCUCCGGAAUACUUUACAUCUAUGUAUAUAACAAGAGGCAGCGCGUAUCUGGACGUAUAACCAGAAACUUUCAACGACUAAUCACUCCUCUUUUAAAACUGCAACAAGACAGAAAACGUUUAUUACAAAAGUGUAUCUAUCUGGAACAAGUUAGAUCCAAGCCUUAAAUUAUGUAAGAGUCCCGCUUCCUUUAGGAGAGCUCUAAAAAGUGACCUUUUGAAUGAAUUUUUAAACUGA